AAAAUCUGCAGACAAUCCCAAUAGGACAGGUACUAUGGAGGAACCCAAGAGUUGAUUAUAAUUACUAGUCACAGGAGGAAAGAAGAGUACCACAGUGUUCAUGGUCCAUCAGAUGAUUCAGCUAUAUAAAAAUACUACAAUCCUGGGGCCACUUUUGAAGGAAAACUGGGAAGAGCACUCCUUAUAUUCAACAAUCCUGGAAGGGAAGAGGGUUCGGCAAAUGCUUGUAGAGGCUCCAAAGAGUGUGAUAGAGCGAUAUAUGAAGUGUCCUGGAAGUUUCAGAAUGGUGCGAGAAGGCGAAGAAGAGGCAUGGAUGGCAACUCAUAGAAUUGGUGAAACUGGCCUUUCUGAUUCUGGACCUUCAACUCGAUCUGUUUCUUAUGGAGUUCAUGGCACCAGUCUUGCCGCAUCUAAUUUCUUUGACCAAGAAGGAGCUGCUUAUUUUGGGGAGUUGGAGGAGGCUCUCAUGCAGGGAGUAGAUGGCAUAAGAGAAAUUGAAGAUAGAAAGUCUUUUUUUGGACCCAGGCCUGCAACACUUGAGAUCUUCCCAUCGUGGCCAAUGAGAUUCCAGCAAACCCCUAGAGGGAAGGCACAUUCCGCAAGGAGCACUGAUUCAGGCUCAGCUCAAAACACUCCAUCUCAUCCAGGAUCAGACUCUACAUCUAGCAGAAAGGAGACGCUGAUGAUGAUGAUGACAAGUGGUGCCUCCAUGACAGGAACAACGCCAACUCUUCAACCCACAUCCCAAGACAAGCCUCAAACUACUGCAAAGUACGGACGGUUCACUGAAAAGCCAACCUAUAACAGUCGUAUAAUGCCAAAACGGAUCCCUAUAAGAGCUGCCUCUUUGUCCCUUUUUACUGUCAUAAACUCGAGAAAGAUGACUGAUUCAACUAUAGAGAAACAUGGAAAGCAACUUGAUGCCAAGACACUAAGGCGCCUAGCUCAAAAUCGAGAGGCAGCAAGAAAGAGCCGACUAAAGAAAAAGGCUUACGUCCAACAACUGGAGUCCAGCAGACUUAGACUUAAGCAGCUAGAGCAAGAACUCCAGAGAGCAAGAUCACAGGGUCUCUUUUUAGGAGUAGCAGGCAGUUCAAAUGAAGCUAUCAGUCCCGGCGCGGCGAUGUUUGACAUGGAACAUGCUCGAUGGCUGGACGAGAACUGCAAGCUCAUGUCGGAGCUUCGAGGGGCGUUGCAGGCUCACCUUCCUGAAGCCAGUUUUACAGUAAUUGUAGAUCAAUGCAUCAUGAACUACGAUGAGCUCUUCCAACUGAAAGCUGAAGUCGCGAAAUCCGACGUUUUCCACCUCUUGAGUGGAUCAUGGACGACACCAGCAGAGCGCUCUUUCUUGUGGAUGGGUGGAUUUAGGCCCUCUGAGCUUCUCCAGAUACUGAUCCCUCAGUUGGAUCCGUCGACGGAGCAACAGUUGAUCUACAACCUGAAGCAAUCGUCACAGCAGGCGGAGGAGGCUCUCUCACAGGGCCUUGAGCAGCUUCACCAGUCUUUGGCGGACACUGUUGCCGGUGGUCCUCUCAGCGAUGGCGUAUACGUCGGGAAUUAUAUGGGCCACAUGGUCCUUGCACUAGAGAAGCUUGCCCACCUCGAAGGAUUCGUCCGCCAGGCUGAUAACUUGAGGCAAGAGACGUUGCACCAAUUGCGUCGGAUCUUAACGAGCAGACAAGCAGCAAGAUGCUUCGUCGCAAUCGGAGAGUACUAUACCCGUCUACGUGCUCUCAGCUCCCUGUGGGCUUCUCGGCCUCGGCAGAACUUGAUUGGAGAUGACAGUGUUGGCUCUUCGACAACAGACCUGCAAAUUGUUCAUCCAUCAAUGCAAGAUCAUUUUUCAGGCUUCUGAAAUAAGUACUCCUGAAACAUAUAGCAUGCAUGUUGUAUUAUGAUUGAAUUCUCAUGCAUACAGAGACUUCAGCAGAAAAGGCAAGAGCGAGGUGCUUCGAAGCCUCCUUUGGCAUUUCUUGUUAUAUAUGGCUGUUGAACUGGAAUAACUGUUAGCGACAAAAAGGCACUAAAAGAAUUGAUAUGCAUGUUUUUUCUAGGUACAAAAAACAGUAAUAGGGAAGUGCUUUUUAGGGCAAAGUGUGGCCAUAUAUAUGCAACUAGACCUAACUCAGGAUAUUAAAAGGAUUGGUAAAGUUGGAUUAGAACAAGACAAAGUUGAGUGGUCAUGACAAAGUUGAGUUGGAUUAGAACAGACAUCGCACCAACCUGUUGGUGCCAAUUCAGUUAGAUGGUUUAGAAGAAAUCAAAUUGAGAUGGAGUAGUGAGGUUUAGGGCUAACGUGAUAUAUAUAACGUUGCAAAAUUUAUAGGUUCAUGGCUAACGUGAUAUAUAUAACGUUGCAAAAUUUAUAGGUUCAUGGCUAACGUGAUGAUUGAUCCAAUUAUACGAGUCAAUAAUUUGGAGUGGGACGUGAAUCGAAUAUGAUUGGACUUGGAUCAAGCACGAUCAAAGUGGUUGAGUGAGUCACUUCAGAUAAACUUACAAAUUUAAUGGGCUCGAAAUUAAACAAGAUGAGUCUUACACAAAGAACUGAUUGUUUUGGGCCCUAAUUAGUCCAUCACGGAUGAAGCCCACUCAAAGAUCAACCUAUAAAUGGCGCGGACCCCCUUACCCACUUCAGCCACCUCCAUCCUCCAUCGGAGGGCUUAGCCUCCACCUAUGUGGCCGCCUAUUCCCCGUUAGGCCCCUCCCCAGCGGUUCAGUGCGUUUGGCGACUAGAUGUAGGUACCGCUUGAGCUUUGUCUUCCAUUUAAUUCUAGGGAUCUGCUCCUUUCAAUGGCUAUAAUGGUGUCAAAAUGUGUGUGUGUUUGGCGACUAGAUGUCUUGAUUGGAAGAUCAAUGUGGAUAAAUGUAGGAUUCACGAGGGAGAUGUAUUGAGAGCAUGAUCACAUUCUGUUGAUACAUAAUAUGCAUUCGAUCUUAGUUAGGCAUUCAAUUAACAUGGCAGACAAGAAAGAGCUUGCUCUGCUCUUUAAGCUAAAAGUUCGGCUUCCUUUCCCUGUUGAUUUGUGUUGAAGAGAUUCAGUUGGCAGUAUAAACUAAAUGGUUGAUUUGGGAUGUGAAUCUGUUUGAGUAUAUUCUGUUCUUAGGAUUAAGUUGUCCUUUCUUUUAACAAUUCAUGUAAGACAGCGCAUUCAAAGGGAUUCAGAAAAUUAGAAUAAUUUGCUCUUAUGGUUCUACUUAAGAGAUUCAGCCAGGUGAGGCCACUGGGCUUCCAUAGCAAUCGGUUCGUACGGUCAUCAUAGAGUAGCAUUUUCAUCAGUUAACUAAACUUUCAAGUUGGUGGAAAGGUUUUAUUUUUAUUUUUAUUUUUUUUUAUUUUUCCGGUAAGCCACUCCUCCUUUACCUAGACACGUGGUAUAACUACAAAAUAGAAUGAGAAAUAUUUUUACUCGUGAAUUCUAAGUGUAACUCUGAUCGAAAAUAAAACUAACAAGAAUUAUUUCUUAUGAUAAUUGAUAUCAGUAGUAUGGAGAGAGGUAGAGGGGUUGUAAGAAGACUAUACCAGAAUUUAUAAAAAAAAUAUUUAAUUUUUAAAUUUAACUUAGAAUUAAAGAAUUUAUUAUUAAAGAGAUGAUUUCAUUCAUUGAGAUAAUGAGUAAUUAUACAGAUUGUGAGGGAGAGGUUUUCCUCAAUCAUAUAUUCAAAUCAUAUAGUUAAAUUUAUGAUUUAUACUCAAAUCAUAGAUUGAUUGAUUGAGGAUUAGAACAUAAAAGAAAUACAAUAUUAUCAUAUCAUAUUUACUUAUAAUAUGAUCUUCUAUCAAAAAUAUCAUCUUAUACAAAGAUCAAUCAUAGCAAGAGAUUCAUUUAGUCGACCUAUUGUUGUUUUUGUACAUUAUGAUUUAACAAAGCAGGAAAUAUCAAUAGAAAUUUUGUUUUUGGUUUGUUGUUUUCUUCUGGGGUGACUUCCACUCAACUUUGCUACUAUUCUCCAGAAAAAAUGGAGGGAAAUUGAUUAUGGAAUUAUGUGUUCUUGUCCUUAUGCAUUACAUGUUCUGUUUAGUUAUUCAUUCUUAUUGUAAUUGCUAUUUUGUGCUGGUUUCCUAGUCCUUGCAUCAGAUAGUUCGUAUAUAUUACUUUGAAUUUGUCAUUUUAGAAGAGAUGUUCCAUUUUACAAUUUUCUGAGUUGCAAUGUGAUUUCACUUCUCUGCUGAAAAAUCCCAAAUUACAUUAUUAUGUUCUUGGAGGCUUCUCUUGUUUUGUUUUCCGUUGCUUCAUGAACUGAUCUUCUCCCUGAAGCCAUCCGAGUUCAGAGACUACACUCUAGUCUCAUGUUUUAGCUAAUAGACCAUCAAUAGUUGUUUCUGUAGUUACCCAUAAUUAUUGAUGUUAGGUUUUCUUCAUCUUAUUCCAUUGCUACAUCCUGAAGUAACGGAUUCCAGUCUUGCGCCAUUUUUUGCUUUCAGCUCCCUUCUUUAAAGAUGCUUCGAGGAUCUCUGUAUUUUAACCAAACACUUUGUGCCAUUUGACUUUAUGCAUGCUCGUUAACCUUUUCUUGGCAAAUCAGAUGAAAAUGCGUUUGUUAGUGCAAGAUGAUGUCCACUAAAGGUUGGAUUUGGCAUGGAUUCAAUAUGUUAUUGGGAUUAAGAAAUUCUCCUAAAGAUUGAAAUUCAAGUUCUUUCUCUUUUGGAUGAUGACAUAACAAUAUUUAAAUCUUUGUCUUGGAUUAGGUUUAGUGCAACAAUCAAAGCUAUAUCGUUUAGCAUCUUGGUUUAGUCUUAUAAUAUGCAGACACUACAAAAGCUUCUAAAGAGAGAAUACUGUUGGAUUAAAUACAUGCCCUGUCAUUUUUUUUUUCCUUUAUAAAUAAUAUAUCCUUAUACUUCUCAUUUCCAUUGAUGUGCAUGGCCCAGAAAUAAUGGAUGUACCCUACCCAAGUCAAAAAUAAU